AUAUACAAAUAAAUAAGUGAAGAAUACGUAGACUUAAUGCUAAAAGCAUUCUCAUCGUGAUGAAGAAGAUGAAGGUCGGGGAAGUGGGCCGGCUGGUGGACUCGUCGCAGGCGGAUGACCGGCGCAUGAUCGCUCUAGUGCGCACGCGCCGCCUGCUGUACGCGCGCACCAACAUGCCCGUGGCCAGCUACUACGCGCAAGUGAAGGCGCUCUGGAAGGAGGUGGCUGACGAGAUGGGCUGGACUGUGGCGGAGGUCCGGCGCAAGUGGUCGCACAUCCGCAAUUCCUACUCGAGACACCUUCGCAACGAGCUGAGCGGCGCGCGCACGGGCCGCGGCCGCGCCGUCUCGCGCUGGUACCUGGCUGAUGACCUGGACUUCCUGCGGGAGCAUAUGGCCACUGACACGCGCUCCCCUCAAUACUCCGGCUACGUGCCCUCAUUCCUCACCCUGAACAUGUCGGAGCCAGCCUCCCCGGAGUCGGCCGACGUGAAGCCCUUCGCCAGCCCCUGGCUCUCGUCCCUGACGCAGCCGCUGCAGGACUACUCCCAGGGGAAUGAGGACAGUUCCAGCUCCACGGCGUUCAGUCCUGAUGAGAAUUCUUCGUAUUUCCAGUUCUUUCGCGGCAUUUAUAAUGAUUAUCAGGAGCUAUCACAAAAGAAACAGAGAAAGUUCAAGCGCUACUGUCUGAACUUCCUCCACGAUCUGCUGGAUGAAGAAGACCUCGAGCGAGCAGAGUUGGCCAAGACCCACGACCCAGCGUUACCCCAGGACCCCGGGUUACCCCAAGACCCUGGGUUACCCCAUAAAACCCCAUCCAGGCCUCCCGACCCAGCAGUGGCUCCAGUAACCAGUGGCAGUGUGAAGAAACAAACUGUAGCCAUCGUUAGUUCGUACUCUUUAAGUGACAAUGACAAUAAAAGUGAAGUUAUUACCUCUGAUUGAGGAAAGUUGUUGCAGAAAGUUUAAACUUG